AUUCAUUUUUUUAUAAAUUCAAAUAAAAUAUUCUUUUUAUUUAUUUUAAUUUUUAGAACUAUAAUUUCAAUUUCAUCUAAUUCUUGAUUUGGUUGCUGAAUUGGAUUAGAAAUUAAUUUACUGAGAUUUAUCCCCCUAAUCUCAAACUCUAAUAAUCUUUUAUCAUCUGAAGCAUCAUUAAAAUAUUUUUUAACCCAAUCUAUUGCUUCUAUAAAUUUUUUAUUUUCAAUCUUAAUUAAAAUAAUUUUAAUAAAAAACUUUGAAAUAAUUUACUUUAUUUCAAUUAUAAUUAAUUCAUCCUUAUUAAUAAAAAUAGGUUCAGCUCCAUUUCAUUUUUGAUUCCCUAAUAUUUCUGAGGGAUUAUCUUGAUUUAAUAAUUUUAUUUUAAUAACUUGACAAAAAAUUGCAUCUUUAAUUUUAUUUUCUUAUUAUAUAAAUUUAAAUUUUUCUUAUUUUAUUAUUAUUUUAAAUGUUAUAAUUGGUGCUAUUGGAGGAAUAAAUCAAACUUCAUUACGAAAAUUAAUAUCAUUUUCAUCUAUUAAUAACUUAGGGUGAAUAAUUUUUUCAAUUAUAAUUAGAGAAAAUUUAUGAAUUUUUUAUUUUUUUAUAUAUUCUUUUUUAAUUAGAAUUAUAUUUUUCUUAUUUUAUAUAUUAAAUAUAUUUUUUAUUAAUCAAUUAUUUAUUAAUAAUAUAAAUUUUAUAAUUAAAAUAAAUUUAUUAAUUAAUUUUCUUUCAUUAGGAGGACUUCCCCCUUUUAUUGGAUUUUUACCUAAAUGAAUUAUUAUUAAUUUUUUAAUAAUAAAUAAACUUUAUUUAUUAACAUUUAUUAUAUUAAUAAGAAGAUUAAUUACUAUUUAUUUUUAUAUUCGAAUUAUUUACUCAUCAUUCAUAUUUAAUUAUAUUAAAAUAAAAUGAUUUAAAAUUUUUUUAAAAAAUAAUUUUUUAAUAUUUAUUAAUUUAUUUUCUUUUAUUUCUAUUACAGGAAUAAUUUUUAGAACUUUUUUAUAUAUUUAUU